AUGGAAGGCUCCAUCCUCCUGCUCGCAGGUGGUCUCAUCAGCCUCUUCGUCGUUGGGAGGAUCGUGGCGUACACGAGGUUGAGGUCGUUCAGAGGACCCUUCUUGACCAACUUUACCAAUCUGCCUCACAGGAAAGCUUUGUUCCAGCAGAGGUGCCAGGAGUGGUACGGCGAGAUUUGUGAGAAAUAUGCAAGGAUUGCUCCCAACCUCCUAAUCACCUCUGACCCCGAUGUAUGGAUUCAUGUGAAUAAUAAGCCUGGCUAUAAGCGUUCCGAGUGGUAUUAUACGGCCUGCCGCAUUGAGUAUCGACGAGACAAUGUCUUUACGCAGACAGACAACCAAAAGCAUGAGGCUAGAAGAAAGCAAAUGGCUCCGGGGUACUCUGGAAGAGAAAACCCCGACCUUGAACAAAGCGUUGACGAGCGUGUCAGAGAAUUCAUUGACUUGAUCAGGUCCAAGUAUAUUUCCACAAGUGUCAAUGUUGUACCGGUGGAUAUGGCGCGCAAAGUCCAAUUCUUCACUUUGGAUGUCAUUAGCGGAGUCGGACUGGGAAAGACUUUCGGCAUGCUGCAGAGCGACACCGACGUAGAAAGCUAUCUCAAGUCCAGCGAAGAAGGCCUUCAUAUUGCCAACUUUGGCCUCGCCUUUAGCCUCAGCUGGAUCACGCAGGCACGCUUCCUCGGCAAAUUCAUUGCCCCGUCGCCAGAGGAUAGCAAGGGGUUCGGUAGGAUGAUGGCCACUUGCUUCCGCUAUGUCAAUGAGCGUGUCGCAAACCCGACAGACAAGCGAUCCGACAUGCUGGCAUCAUUCAUCCGCCAUGGCAUCUCAGGCGACGAGUUGCGCUCAGAAGCCCUGGAGCAGAUCGUUGCCGGCUCCGACACCACAGCAACCAGCAUCCGAUGCACCCUGCUUCACAUCAUUACAAACCCGCGCGUAUACGCAAAGCUCCAAAGGGAAAUCGACGAAGCCAUUCGAGAUGGCAAAGCUCCUCAGGAUGGCCUCAUCACUCACAGCCAGGGAAAGCAACUCCCCUAUCUCCAGGCCACGAUCCGCGAGGCCAUGCGAGUGUGGCCACCCGUCGCAAACAUCUUCUCGCGAGACAUUCCACCCGAGGGCGACACCGUCCAAGUCAAAGGCGAAGAUGUCUUCUUGCCUGGAGGCGCAUGCAUUGGAUAUUCCGCGUUUGGAAUGCACCGCAGCACCGACAUCUAUGGCCCCGACGCAAAGGCCUUCCGUCCUGAGCGCUGGUUCGAGGAAGACAAGGACAAGCUCGCGCUCAUGGUCCGCACAAACGAGCUGAUGUUUGGCCACGGGAAGUUUCAAUGCCUUGGAAAAGCGGUUGCUCAAAUUGAACUUGGAAAGAUAGUAUUCGAGAUCUUCCGCAACUUUGACAUGGCCCUGAUCAACCCAACGAAGCCAUGGGUAGCUUUGAACUCGCUUGGAUUGUUUACCAUCUCCGACAUCUCAAACUCCAAGAAUCACGGGAAUGCGCUGGUAGGCUCAAUCACCAUGUCCUCAGCACUGGCAAAGGCUCCUUUAGCUCCGGCUACCGACAGCAAGCCAAAGGCCACCGUGACCGCGGUCCCGACAUUCGACAAUGCCUUGUCAAAGGGCAUCGCCUUCGGCCGAGUCGCUGUCCUGCUCGGGCUGCUGGCUGCUCAGUUCAACGACCUGGUGGCAGAGCCGGUGCUGACGCUGCAAUCCGCGCUGCCCGUCGUGGCUGUCGUCCAGGUGGCAUAUGCAAUGCUGUGUCUACCAGCAGCAGGCUCUCAGCAGGCGAAAGCGGCCAAGAAGGCUCGUCCCGGCGAGAAGAAGAAGCCCGAACAAGCCGGAACGAGCUCGGUGGUGACUGCCUUCCUCGCCCUCGUUCUCUCUACGAUAGCGACCCCUGUCAUCCAUGCGCUCUUCAUCCUCUUCGGUGCGCCCCUCCUCGACCACGUUACUCACACGUUCCUCUGCGCGGCGCACUUCUCCCUCCUCGGCAUCUUCCCCGUCAUCUACGCACGUGGAGUGGAUAACCAAGCUCUGAUUGCUGUGGCUGGACUGUCUGCGCCUCUGGACGAGACGCUGGGCGGCCUGCUGGGUGCAGUGCUUGGCGCAUGGUUGGGCGCGGUGCCUAUUCCGCUCGACUGGGAUCGAGAAUGGCAGAAGUGGCCCGUCACGAUUGUCUGCGGCAUGUACGCGGGGUCGUGUCUUGGCAGCUGGCUGUCUGGAGUCGUGUUUUUCGGCAAGCGGCUCGGAGGAACUGCGUCUGCCGCAAAGGACGAGUAG